AUGGCUCCGCCUACUCUUAACGAGAACCAAUUCACCCACAGCGGCGAUAAAACCACGUUUUACUGGUCUGCCGGCCCUUCCGGAGGACCACUCGUUAUCUUCAUCCACGGCUGGCCCGCAAACGGCGAGACAUGGAAGCCUCAACUUCUAACUCUCGCAUCUCUGGGCUUCCGAGUCAUUGCGCCGGACAACCGCGGCUACGGACGCUCUAGCGUGCCGAAGGGGCCCAGUGCCUACGCCUUGGAGCAUCAUGUGUCGGACAUGUUGGCGCUACUUGCACAUCUCGGCCGCGACAAGGCCAUCUGGAUCGGUCAUGAUUGGGGCGCUGGCCUCGUCUGGGGUUUCGCCUCUCACCACCCGGAGAAGUGCAUCGGCGUGUGCUGCUUGGCCGUACCGUACGCCGUACUUGACCUGGAGACUCUUGUCAGCCUCUCCAACCGCGAGAUUUAUCCUAAGGACGAGUAUCCCUUUGCGCAGUGGGAUUAUCAAGCCUUUCACAACGAGCAGCCCGACACCAGUGCUGCGCAGCUGCAAGCGAACGUGUCCAACACCGUUAAACUGCUUUACCAACGUGCCGGCCCCGAGACGUAUGGCAAGCCCUCAUUCCUUAGCUCGGUGCGCAGGCUAGGCGGGUGGUUCGGCGGCCUCCCCACGGCGCCAGACUUGCCGUUUGAGACAACGUUGUUCAAGGAUGACAAACCUGCCUUUGACCGCAUAGUAGCCGAAUUUGAGCGGAAUGGAUUCGAGGGUCCCAACGAUUACUACCGCAAUUAUGAUGCCAACAAGGUCUACAAUGCGAAAGCGCCCAAUGGGGUCGGCUCAGCUACCCGGUCUUGUUCAUCGAGGCGCGCUGGGACAGCACUGAGUGAGCCCAUGCGGGAGCUGUGUGAGGAUCUCACCGAGGUGAGCAUUGAGGCGGGACACUGGGUCGCGCUGGAGAAGCCGGAGGAGACGAACGCAGCCAUCGUGAGGUGGAUUGCUACCAAGCUGCCAACGUACUUCCCGGGGUACUGGAAAGCACCAUUUGUGUCUCGUAAAUGA